AUGAGUAAUGCCAGUGAAGAGGCGAAUGACCAUGGGAGUGAAGAAAAAGAUCAGACGAAGAAGGAAGACUCUACAGAGAAUGCAGCGGAUGCUUCUCCCGACGCUACUUCUACUGCUACUUCUUCUUCGUCGUCGUCGUCGAGUUUGUUCCCCUCCUUCCACUGCGCCAUUUGCGACCGCUCGUUCGCCAGCGCCAAGCAACUGGCCAUCCACAACCGCUCAACUCAGUGCCUCUACGCCGUUUUUCUCACUCCCAGACACAAACGACGCGCAUUGAAAGCCGAUGCUUCGCACACGGAGAAGAAGGAAAAAACCGUCAAGAAAGAAUCCAAAUCGCAGAAAAAGCAGGAAGAGCUCAAAGAAGAAAUCGCCUCGAUUUCUGGAAUUGCAGAAGCCAAGCUUCUUUAUGGAUCCACCGAAUGGACGGAGUUCCACCUCCACGACUCCCUCGUGCAGAAGCUCACGCAGAUCCAGUGCGCCAAACCCACGGUUAUCCAGGAAAAAGCCAUCGAGGCGGCGUUCCGCGGGAAAGAUGUGCUCGGCGCGGCACCCACGGGCAGCGGCAAAACACUCGCUUUCUGUGUUCCGGUGAUUGAUUGGCUGCUGAAGCACGCGUCCGAGGAGCCAGCCGAGAAGGCGGAGUGGAAUGUGCGAUGCAUCAUCAUCUCUCCGACUCGCGAACUCUCGCUUCAAAUCAACCGCGUUAUCACGCGUCUGACCGAAAACACGAAUAUUCGAACCGCGGGACUGAUCGGAGGAUUGGCGAUUCCCAAACAAGAACGAAUGUUGAGCCAUAACCCCGAGAUUAUAAUUGGGACACCCGGAAGAAUAUGGUACUUUAUGGAGAACUACAAAUUGGGACCUUCGAAUUUGAAGAAUCUACGAUUUAUCGUGUGGGACGAAGCCGAUAAGCUGGUACAAAAAUCGGGACUUUUUUUGUCAAUAGAUCACACCCGGAGCUUAUCCAGAGAUGAAAUCGAUCAGCUUCGAUCCCAAGCCCUCUUUUUCUCAGCCACGCUCCAAGUGCAGACCAAUUCGCCCCAGACCCGCCAGCUCCGCACCUGGAUGCGUCAACUGGGGAAACGUGGAAACCCUGAAAUCGUGGUAACCGGCGAUUCUUCUUCGAAUUCGAAUUCGAGUUCUUCUUCGAGCACUGCAUCAACGGUGGAAACGGAGAAACCGACGGCGUUGCCGCGGAGCCUGUCGAUCCGCAGCGUGCAUUUCGCGGGUGCGCACGAGAAAGAAGCGUUCCUGUACGCGUUCAGCCGUCAAUACCGCGGUCGCACGCUGGUGUUCUUCAACUCGAUCAGCGUGCUGAAGUCAGUAUACUCUCUGCUGUCGCAGCUGCGCGUGCCGGUGCUUCGCAUCUACUCAGGCAUGCAGCAGAAGCAGCGCAUCCAGCACCUCAACCGCUUCCGCAGUCUUUCCGACGCGCUUCUCCUCGCCACCGACGUCGCUGCGCGCGGUCUCGACCUCCCCGCCGUCCACACGGUUCUCCAUUUCCACCUUCCUCCCACUCCGGUCAUCUUCGUCCACCGCUGCGGCCGCACUGCCCGCGGGGGAACGCGCGGACUCGCCAUCGCCAUGGUCACCGCGGGGGAGAAGAAACUUUACCGCGAGAUCUGCCAGUACUGCGGUGCGCCGAACGGGUUCCCCGGUUUCCCCGUGGGGGCCGCGGUGAGUCCCGCGGUGAUUCGGUGCGUGGGGAUCGCGCGGGAAAUCGCGCGGGAAGUCGCGGCGGCGACGAAGACGGACCGCGACGCUGAUUGGCUGCGGAAAUCCGCGGAGGAAGCGGAUCUGGAGGUGGAAACUGGAGAAACUGGGGAAACGGAGGGGAGCGUGAAGCUGACGGCGGGCGGGAAAAAACGAAUUCGAGUGGGGAAAGGGAGGCGGCGUGAGGGAUAG